GAUCCCUUUCGUAACAUAAACAUUAUUGAAAUCUCACCAGCAACACACAAGUGGUUUCAUGUCCAUAAUAAUAAUAAUAACCACAAAACACGAAGUAGGAGUGAAAAUAAAAAGCACAUAAUGGAAAAUCCAAUCAUGAAAUUAAAGUAGCUAAAAACUAUAGUCCUCAAUAUUAGGUCGUCAUUGUGAUUGUACAGUGACAUUUGGAUUUAGGAAUUAGGACAUGGCCACACCCAUUCUAUAUAACGUUCCCUCCCUUGGCCACCACCCUCGCUCACAUUUAUUAUUUCCGUCUUUGCCCCAAAUGUCUUCAACCUUCUCACCCCUCCUCAAUCUCAUUGCAGUCUUCCUCCUCCUCUUCUUGGUCCGGCACACGUGCGAGGCACGUGACCCGUUCGCGUGCGACCCGAAAAAUGGCGCCACGGAGAACAUGCCGUUUUGCAAGGCUUCACUGGCGAUACCAGAGAGGGUGAAGGAUCUGGUUGGAAGGUUGACGCUGCAAGAGAAGGUUAGGCUUCUGGUGAACAAUGCCGCGGCGGUUCCAAGGCUUGGGAUGAAAGGGUACGAGUGGUGGUCGGAGGCACUCCACGGAGUUUCAAAUGUGGGUCCCGGAGUUAAGUUUAAUGCACAGUUUCCCGGUGCUACUAGCUUCCCUCAAGUCAUCACCACCGCUGCUUCCUUCAAUGCUUCUCUCUGGGAGGCAAUCGGACAGGUAGUGUCGGAUGAGGCAAGGGCCAUGUACAACGGUGGAACAGCAGGGCUCACGUAUUGGAGCCCAAACGUGAACAUUUUCAGGGACCCAAGGUGGGGCCGUGGACAGGAAACUCCCGGUGAGGACCCAGUGUUAGCCGGUACAUAUGCUGCUAGUUACGUCAGGGGACUACAGGGAACGGACGGUAACCGGUUGAAGGUUGCUGCUUGUUGCAAACACUUCACGGCUUAUGACCUCGAUAAUUGGAAUGGCAUGGAUCGAUUCCACUUCAAUGCACAAGUGAGUAAGCAGGACAUAGAGGAAACAUUCGACGUGCCAUUCAGGAUGUGUGUGAGCGAAGGGAAAGUAGCCAGUGUCAUGUGUUCUUACAAUCAAGUCAAUGGGGUCCCUACCUGUGCCGACCCCAACCUCCUCAAGAAAACAGUUCGUGGCCUGUGGCAACUUGAUGGGUACAUAGUAUCAGACUGUGAUUCUGUUGGGGUGUUUUAUGAUAACCAACAUUACACACCAACGCCAGAAGAAGCUGCUGCUGAUGCCAUUAAAGCAGGUUUGGAUUUAGACUGUGGGCCUUUCCUAGCUGUGCACACGCAGAAUGCGGUCGAAAAAGGGUUGCUUAGCGAAGCUGAUGUGAACGGUGCUUUGGUGAAUACACUGACGGUCCAAAUGAGGUUAGGCAUGUUUGAUGGAGAGCCAUCGGCCCAUGCAUAUGGCAAAUUGGGCCCAAAAGAUGUGUGCAAACCGGCCCAUCAAGAACUCGCCCUUGAAGCUGCCAGACAAGGAAUUGUGCUUCUUAAGAACACUGGUCCUGUUUUGCCACUCUCCCCACAGCGUCACCAUACCGUGGCUGUCAUUGGACCCAAUUCUAAAGCCACCGUUACAAUGAUUGGAAAUUAUGCUGGUGUUGCAUGUGGAUACACCAAUCCCUUACAAGGGAUAGGAAGAUAUGCCAAGACUAUUCAUCAGUUGGGCUGUGAAAAUGUAGCUUGUAAAAAUGACAAGUUGUUUGGGUCUGCUAUAAACGCGGCCCGUCAAGCAGAUGCAACGGUUUUGGUGAUGGGCCUGGACCAGUCCAUUGAAGCUGAAACGGUGGACAGGACUGGCUUGCUUUUGCCUGGUCGUCAACAAGACCUUGUUUCAAAAGUGGCAGCUGCCUCAAAGGGACCAACUAUUUUGGUCAUAAUGUCUGGUGGUUCUGUGGAUAUAACUUUUGCAAAGAAUAACCCUCGAAUUGUGGGCAUCCUGUGGGCUGGUUAUCCAGGCCAAGCUGGUGGUGCUGCCAUUGCAGAUAUCCUGUUUGGAACAACUAACCCAGGGGGCAAGCUGCCGGUGACAUGGUACCCACAAGAAUACCUAACAAAGUUGCCAAUGACAAACAUGGCAAUGCGAGGAAGCAAAUCAGCAGGGUACCCAGGAAGAACGUAUCGGUUCUACAAUGGUCCAGUGGUGUAUCCAUUUGGACACGGCUUGACAUACACACACUUUGUUCAUACAUUAGCGAGUGCUCCCACAGUGGUGUCAGUUCCCUUGAAUGGUCACCGCCGUGCCAAUGUCACCAAUAUUUCAAACAGGGCAAUUAGAGUGACACAUGCACGGUGUGACAAACUCUCCAUCAGCCUCGAAGUAGACAUUAAAAAUGUGGGGUCCAGAGAUGGCACGCACACGUUGCUAGUUUUCUCUGCUCCUCCUGCAGGUUUUGGCCAUUGGGCACUAGAGAAGCAACUUGUGGCCUUUGAGAAAAUCCAUGUUCCUGCGAAGGGUCUACAGAGAGUUGGAGUCAAUAUUCACGUGUGCAAGCUUUUAAGUGUGGUGGAUAAGUCUGGGAUUAGGAGAAUCCCGUUGGGGGAACACAGUUUUAACAUUGGCGAUGUUAAACACUCCGUGUCACUUCAGGCUGCAGCACUUGGGAUUAUCAAGUCCUGAAAAUUUUAGGCUAAGGUGGAGAAUAUCUAUGGCACGUGCAUAAUAUAUAUUAGUAUGUGAAAAGUUUUAGCUUUCAACAACAAAGGUUGCUUCUAAGGGAUAUUCAAAGGCAAACUGUUGAUAUACUUGGAUACUUGUAUUGAAGACAAAACGUGCUAGAUUAAUUCAUCUAUCACAGUCAAAUUACACAAUAGGAUUGAUUUGAUUUUGGAGAGGAGAUUAAGGAAAUGUAUUGUUUUCUCUUCUCCUAUAUCUUUCUACUUUUAGGACUUUUAUUUUAUUGUUAGUGUCUUAUCAAUAGGAUUGGUAAUAAGAUAGUUUUCUCAUUGUAAUUGUAAUUGUAACUUCCCCCCUUAUCUUUCUUACGAUAUUGUUAAUAAGAUUGGGUUCACAUCUAUUACCAUCA